AUGUUGCCACCUGGAUUAGUAAAAAAGCGUGCCACACAGUCUGUCACCAACCGUCAAACAACAGCCGUUUGCCUGCAACAAGCAAUCAGUGCUCCUAAAGCAUCCAUUGCUGUUACCACCAUCAGCAGCGCAAAAGCAACCACUACUAAAGGUCGACGUCGCCGUCGCGACAUUCAAUGCGACAAGACGGAUCGAUCAGGUGUUGCGAUUGUCUUUGACGUCUCAUUGAAUUAUCCACAAGAUUUACCAUGCCAAACAGUGACCUGUCAAAUCGAUUUAUUCAUCGGCAUCCAUGAAAAACUCAAUACUGUCAGCGAUGUCAAUAUAACGGCGGACGAUGGAAGCAGCUUAUCUGUGGAGCUUUGUCACGUUCAAUCUUAUCCCAAUGGCAAUAAUAACAAUCAAAAUAAUCCCGGUGUUAUUAUCGAUUCAUGUUCAUCCGUUUGUCAAAAUGGUGGUCAAUGCACAGGUCCUACAACUUGUACAUGUGCUACAGGAUGGAGUGGAGACACGUGUACAACUGCUAUAUGCGCAAAUGGCUGUCAAAACAAUGGUACAUGUACAGCUCCUGAUAAUUGUACAUGCGCUACAGGAUGGACUAAUUCAACAUGUGAAACCGGUAACGAAAACUUAGAGUUUAAACGACGACGACAACAACUACAACAACCACAACAACAACAAAUACAGAAACAACUACAACCACAACAACAACAACCACAACGACGAAGACUACAAGCACAACAACGACGACGACGACGACAACGACAACCACAACAACGACGACAACAACGACGACAACAACAACGACAACAAAAACCACAACAACGACGACAACAUCAACAACAAAUCGUGAGUGGGAUGUCAGAUCAUUUGUAA